AUGGUUGCUCCUUCCACAUAUUUCUCUUUCCAAAUCACACUUAUUGCUAUCCUCCUUUUUGCCUCUUCGAAUUUAGCUUUUAAUACUACAGCUCAGACCACCAGUGGCUUCAAUAAAAUCUAUGCCUUUGGUGAUUCCUUUACAGACACUGGCAACACCAGGUCGGCGACAGGUCCUGCUGGUUUUGGCCAUGUCUCAAACCCUCCAUAUGGCAGCACCUUCUUUCACCGCCCCACCAACCGAUACUCUGAUGGGCGGCUUGUGAUUGACUUUGUAACCGAAACAUUGUCCUUACCAUACUUGCCACCUUACCUAGGCCACAAGAGCAAUGCACUUGGUCAUGGGGUCAACUUCGCUGUUGCUGGCUCCACAGCAAUAAAUCAUGCUUUCUUUGUUAAGAACAACCUUACCCUUGCCAUGACUCCUCAAUCAAUUCAAACUCAAAUGAUUUGGUUCAACAAGUUCUUGGGGAGUCAGGGCUGCAAGGAGGCAGCGCCAUCGAGCACUGCGUGCAAGGCAGUACUUGAUGAUGCAUUGAUCUGGGUUGGUGAGAUCGGAGUCAAUGACUAUGCAUACAUUGUUGGAUCUUCCGUGUCAAGCGACACGAUUAGGAAGCUUGCAAUCAGCAGCGUCACUGGAUUCCUAAAGACAUUGCUGAAGAAAGGUGUGAAAAAUGUUGUUGUUCAAGGUCUGCCUCCAACAGGAUGCUUGCCACUGGCCAUGGCACUGGCUCCUCAAGAUGACAGAGAUGGUUUAGGCUGCGUGAAGAGUGUAAACAAUCAAUCCUACACCCAUAACGUUGCUUACCAAAAGACAGUGCAGGAUCUUAGGAAACAGUUCCCUGAUGCUGUCAUUGCUUAUCUUGACUACUGGAAUGCCUACGCCAUGGUUAUGAAGAAUCCGAAGAGCUACGGAUUCGAAGAGCCCUUCAUGGCAUGCUGCGGAUCAGGAGGUCCACCCUACAAUUUUGAACCGUUUUCAACAUGUGGCACAUCAUAUGCUAGUGCUUGCCGAAACCCUUCUCAGUACAUUAACUGGGAUGGAGUUCAUCUCACUGAAGCCAUGUAUAAGGUGCUGAGUCACAUGUUUCUGAGUGGAACAUUCAGUCAUCCUCCAUUUGGUUCCUUGAUGGACAGGAAACAGCAUUCGUGA